AUGGCUGGCUCCGCUCUCCGCAAGGGCUACCUAGUCCUCUACAAUGCCGCCUCGGCCGUCUCCUGGGCGAUGAUUCUCGUCCGCGUCGCGUCCGUUUACUUGGCCAACGGCGCGGGCGCCGUGCCCCUGGUCGUUGACGACUUUGCUCGCGUUACGCAGACUUUUGCUGUCAUGGAGAUCUUCCAUGCUCUUACCGGCAUCGUCCCCGCCCCCCUCUUCACCACCCUCAUGCAAGUCGCCUCCCGCCUUAUGCUCGUCUGGGGCAUUUCCUACCCUUUCCCGCAGCUCAACACCUCGACUUGGUACAGCUCCAUGCUUACCGCGUGGUCCACCACCGAGGUCAUCCGCUACACCUAUUUCGCGCUCAAGCAGUUCGACUUCAUCCCUUACUUUUUGCACUGGUUGCGUUACUCGGCUUUCCUGGUUCUGUACCCCAUGGGCAUCAGCUCCGAGGUGGCCAUGAUCAUCAAGGGGCUCGUGGGACCGGCCGAUAAGCUCGCGCCUUGGUACCCGUAUGCGCUGGUUGCCGUGCUGUUGUCGUAUAUCCCUGGCUCGGUGAUCCUGUAUAGCCAUAUGUUGAGCCAGAGGAGGAAGCAGGUUGGUGGUGGUGCUAAGGGCGCCGCUAAGAAGGCGAAGAAGAGCCAGUAA